UAAACCGUCUUUCAGCUCGGUUCGGUAACGGUGAUUCAGUGCGCUGCUAAAUGAGAGAUCACGACGAUUCGGUUUGAAAACUGCUGCUGCUGAUUUUCUGCUGGCUUGCUUUGAUACGGUCGUUUCGGUCUCGAGUUGAAAAGUUCGCUAAGCUUGGGACUUGGGUGUGUGUCGUUGAGUGUGAAAUUGUCGGGGUGCACGCAUAGUAAAUAUACAAAAGUUGAGUGUUGUCAAUUGGCUGCGCUGCAGCGGCAUAAACAAAAAGUGCAUCAUCUCGGCGGAGCAGCGAAAUCUGCUUUCAUCUAAAGUGCUUGAAUAAACAAAAGCAGACAAAAUGCAGUCACACAGCAAGAAACGAGUCUGCUAUUACUACGACAGUGAUAUCGGCAACUACUACUAUGGCCAGGGACAUCCGAUGAAACCGCACCGCAUACGGAUGACCCACAAUCUGCUGCUCAACUAUGGCCUGUACCGCAAAAUGGAAAUCUACCGACCGCACAAAGCGACAGCCGACGAGAUGACCAAAUUCCACUCGGACGACUACAUCCGGUUUCUCCGAUCGAUCCGUCCCGACAACAUGUCCGAGUACAACAAACAGAUGCAGCGAUUCAACGUCGGUGAGGAUUGUCCGGUGUUCGAUGGUUUGUACGAAUUCUGCCAACUUUCGGCGGGUGGCUCCGUUGCAGCUGCCGUCAAACUGAACAAGCAGGCAUCGGAAAUCUGCAUCAACUGGGGCGGCGGUUUGCAUCAUGCCAAAAAAUCUGAAGCUUCCGGGUUCUGCUAUGUGAACGACAUCGUGCUCGGGAUCCUGGAACUGCUCAAGUAUCACCAGCGGGUGCUGUACAUCGAUAUCGAUGUGCACCACGGGGACGGUGUGGAGGAAGCGUUCUAUACCACGGACCGGGUGAUGACGGUGAGCUUCCACAAGUACGGGGAGUAUUUCCCCGGAACUGGGGAUCUGCGAGAUAUCGGCGCUGGAAGGGGAAAGUACUAUGCAGUGAAUAUCCCGCUGCGGGAUGGCAUGGACGAUGAGUCGUACGAAUCGAUCUUUGUGCCGAUUAUUUCGAAGGUGAUGGAAACCUUCCAACCGUCGGCUGUGGUGCUGCAGUGCGGAGCCGAUUCGCUAACCGGCGACCGGCUGGGCUGCUUCAACCUGACCGUCAAGGGUCACGGUAAGUGUGUGGAGUUCGUCAAAAAAUACAACCUCCCGUUCCUGAUGGUCGGCGGCGGAGGCUACACGAUCCGCAACGUUUCCCGCUGCUGGACCUACGAAACCUCCGUAGCACUGGGCUGUGAAAUCGCAAACGAACUGCCGUACAACGACUACUUCGAAUACUUCGGACCGGACUUCAAACUACACAUCAGCCCCAGUAACAUGAGCAACCAGAACACCACCGAGUAUCUGGAGAAGAUCAAAAAUCGACUGUUUGAAAAUCUACGCAUGCUGCCACAUGCUCCGGGCGUACAGGUGCAAGCCAUCCCGGAGGAUGCCGUGAACGAGGAAAGCGACGACGAAGACAAGGUGGACAAGGACGAACGGUUACCGCAGAGCGACAAGGACAAACGGAUAGUGCCGGACAACGAGUUCUCCGACUCCGAGGACGAGGGCGAGGGCGGCCGAAGGGACAACCGAUCAUACAAGGGCGGCGCACGGAAGCGGCCGCGACUGGACAAAGACGCCAAACCGGAAGAGGUCAAGGACGAGCUGGAAGUGAAAGAUUCCACCGGUGACAAAGAGGACAGCAAAUCCGGCGACGACCCUAAGAAGGAAACCUCGACCGUUGCAUGAUCGGCACUGGCCUCGUACCGGAAAUAGCGAUCCCUCUGCCAGUAGGCGCAACAAUGAGCGAGCGUACCCAGCUCAUUCAUCGUUGUUUCUACUAGUUGGUUUUUAAAAAAAACAGUUUUUUUUUCUAUUGCGUAUGACAACAUUUUUGAAUGAUGUCUUUCCAGAGUGGAAGUAGAAAAGCGCAUUUACCCAGAAGGAUGACUAGAAAAGGAAAAUUAACAAACAGGAAACUAUAUAGGAUUAUACAACGCUCGUAGUUUUUACAGAUCUUGAUCGAACUAAAGACAUCCGUCGAAACAAAAAAUUUACAUAGAAAGUAACUAAAUAGUAAAGCUAAUAGGAAAAAAGCGAGCGAAAGAUUCCUAAUUAUUAUCAUAAACAAAAUCAAAGGAAUCGUUUUUUUUUUUUAAUUUUCUGACAAAGUAUCGAACGUAAUCGUAACAGUUAGGUAUAGUAGAAAAUAUUUAUUUAUGACAAACAUUAAAACAUCGCUCAGCACAGGUAAUUUUAUGAAAUUAAAAAAAAAACUAGAACAGGUCUGUACAAGGGAAAAAAUCAACACAAGAUUGAUUUUUCUACUAGACAGAGAGAAGAAUGAUCUCAGGAAUGGCACACCCCCGUUUUUGGUUGAAUUUUAACGCUUCCAUAGGAAAAAUACUAUCAUCCACGAUUUAUACUACUAAUAGGAUUCCCUUGAUAUCAUAUCGAACUUGGAUGAUCAACAACCAAACUUCCAUAACGAAAAAAAAGUUCUGUCCCCCAAAAAAUUGGACUCGUCGCUCUUAAUGGCAAGAAAUAAUUACAAUCAGCAAAAAAAAAAAAAAACUAGGCUUAGGGAAAAUUUAAUACCCACUACUACUUACAGUAAGUAAUCGUUACAAUGAAUACAUAUUGCGAAAGCAAGCUAGGGAACCGAUUCGGACAUACAUAUGUUAGUUUAGCAAUCACGAAUAACAAUUAUUCAACUGUAUUACGUAGGUUAUAAGAAUAAUACCGCGAUCGCUAUUAGUUUGUAAGGGGAGGAAUUUUGAUUAGAUUGACCGUGUCGAUAACGACAGGCAAAUACAAAACUAUGAUGUAAAAGAAAAAAACAAAUUCAACUAAAAAAAAACACUUAAAGUAUUGAGAUUAAAAACCAAUCUGGUUGAAGUAUUCAACCCAAAUGCA